AUGUCAGCCGAAUCGCAAGAUGUUGCCUCCGAGGCCCUUAAUCAAGAGAUCAAUGAUCUCAGAGCCAAAGUGCAAGCCACGGCUCUCAUCUCCACCGAGUCGACGCGAACCGCCCUACAAACAGACAAGCAAAAACGCGGUGCGCUUGCGCUUCCAUCCGAUCCGAACCCGGUCCGCGACCAAGUCCUCUCUCGGUCCAAGGCCCAAGCCUCGCACGAUCAGCAAUGUCUCUACCGAACCUGCGCGACCGUCACGACCUUCAAGGUCCAAGAUCCUGAUCCUAAUGCCGUUGAUCGUGGCCACGUCCUUGGCAUUCGUAUCGAAAUCAUGUCCGACGCCAAGUUCCGCAGACCAUAUUAUGUCAUGCUCAACCGGCCAUACAAGGAGUCCCGACACCUACGAGUCCACCGACACACCGUCCCUCCGUGUAUCCCACUGGCUGCGCUUGCAGCGCGUCACCUCCCGGCACCAAAGCCAGCCGACGACGAAGGACAGAAGACUCAGGACUUGUCCCGCUUUGUACGGACACUGAGAAGGGAGAUUGUGAGGUUUCACAACCGGACUGCCGUCAUUAGCGACUUGCAGAAGGCUGCUGGCCUACAUGGCAGCAGCGAUGCAGAUGAGGACUCGGAGCAGGCGGUCGCCAGUAUCACGGCCGCAGAUACCGAAGCCAAGCAAAUCAGCAUCGAAUGGGCCGACGGCCGGGCAGGCAGACUGGUCAUGAGCGAGGAUGGGCAAAUUCAGAAGCUUGUUGUACUCGGCUCAGCAGGGCGUGAUCGGGAGGUUACGAGAGACCUUCUGGGCGACAGCUGUCGCGUGGAGGACGUCGCGCAGCGGCUGGCAAGCACUUGA